AUGCAUGAGACCACUAUCAAUGAGGAACCCAAUCCCGUCCGCCUGUCUGAGGAAACCGAGUACCCGACUGGCGCGAAAUAUUCGCUCCUGAUGCUCACCCUGGCUGGCGCCCUUGUGUUAAGCAGCAUAGACAUGAACAUUGUUGCCACAGCCGUGCCUAGUAUAACAGACCACUUCCACACAGUCGCAGAUGUCGGAUGGUAUUCCUCCGCGUUCAGGCUCUGCCAGUGCGCUUUCCAAUUCAUGUUCGGCAAGGCAUACAAGCUUUUCUCUAUGAAGCGCGUCUUCUUGUUCGCCAAUGCUGUCUCUAUAGUCGGCUCGCUGCUCUGUGGAGCGGCCAAUACGUCGAUGAUGCUAAUCUUUGGGAGGGCGAUAGCUGGGCUAGGCUCUGCUGGUCUUUUUUCAGGGUGCUUCGUCAUCCUUGUGCAAUCCACACCUCUGCGUAAACGACCUAUGGUUGUCGGUAUAAUAAACGCCGUCGAAGGUUCUGCCACACUAUCAGCACCUUUACUUGGUGGAGUUAUUGCGCAGUCACUUGGAUGGCGAUGGUGCUUCUACAUCAAUGCGCCUAUUGGUGCUGUUACCCUCCUAUUAACAUUUUACUGUUUACCUGAGACGCCAAAACCUAACGACAUUGCCCGCAUGACAUUCAAGGAGAAGAUCUUACAGCUCGACCUGGUUAGCAACCUGCUCCUCAUCCCAGCACUGACUGCCCUCUUCCUUGCAUUUUCAUGGGCCGGUACCAAGCAUUCCUGGGACAGUGGCCUUGUGAUGGGUCCUUUGGUUGCCUUUGGCGUUCUUUCAACAGCAUUUAUCCACACUCAAAAACGACGAGGAGAUGCAGCAGCCCUUCCCUUACGAAUUAUGAAACGCCGCAGUGUCAUUGCCGGAUUCAUCUUUAUCAUGUGUGGUAACAGUACUGGAAAUGUGCUCGAAUACUACCUACCCACGUACUAUCAAGUUGUCCGGGGAUAUACACCGACUAAGAGCGGCUACAUGAUGCUGCCUAUUAUCAUCGCUAGUACUAUUGGCGCCGUGGUUCACGGGGUUGGAACGAGUAUCUUCGGCUACUAUGCGCCAUUCAUGCUCUUUGCCUCAGUUAUCAUGCCCAUUGCUGCGGGUCUUAUUACAACCUUCAAAAUAGACACUACCUUUGCGCAAUUAAUUAUAUACACCGGCUUCUCUGGUCUCGCCUAUGGGAUCGGCUUCUCGGGGCCGCAGAAUGCUGUACAGACCAUUUUACCCACGGAAGAUGUCCCGCUUGGCACAUCCAUCAUACUGUUUGCACAAUCCUUUGGGCCAACUGUGACGAUUGCCAUUGCACAGGUCCUAUUCGUCAAUCAACUCUCGGUCAACCUAAAUGGUCUCGUGCCAGGUCUGAGUGGAACAAGCAUCGAGAACAUAGGUCUGACGCAGAUUGUGGCGAGCGUGCCGUCGGUCCAGUCUAGAGAUGUUCUUGGAGCAAUUGACAAAAGCAUCAUACAGACAUGGUAUUUGGUGGUUGGGUUAGCUUGUGCAACGAUGGUUGGGAGUUUGUUGAUAGAAUGGCGGUCAGUCACAUCGAGGCGUGAUUAG